AUGUUCUGCGAGGAACAAUUUGGCAAAGGUGUCAGAAAGAAGCUUCCACUUGGAUUCACAUUCUCCUUCCCUUGCAAGCAAGAAGGGACUAACAAAAGCCAAACUUAUCCACUGGACCAAGGGAUUCAGCGCCAGCGGUUGCGAAGGUCACGAUGUUGUGCAACUGCUGCGAAAAGCAUGCAAAAAACGUGGAGUGCGUCAUUUUUCGAGAGUUUAUGCGAAGAUUCUACUCCAACCAUGAAAUCAACGCUUUAG